UUUUCACAGCUCGAGGCCGUAAAAGCUGUUUGAGGCCUGCGGGACCUCCAGAAACCAGCCACGGCCCACGUGUGGGCCACGCGCUGCAGAGCCACGUUCUAGGUGCCCCCAGGAUGGCGCUGUAGGAAUGUCACACUCUGCAGUCUGACAACAAAGGGACGGUGUGGGGUCUGCACACCGUGAACCGUGUGGCCUUGCUUAAACAACUCAGAUUCUCCGAGCCUCAGUUUCCCCGCUUCCUAGGGGAUUAUACGGCUCAUUACAACUGUCAGCUGUCUGUUCUCCACGCUCCCCAAGUGUUUCUGCCCACAAGGCAGACAGACUGUGCCUCCCUCUGCCCCUGGCCCUCCGCAGGUUCUCACCCCCAAACGAGGCUGCCCCCACCCCUGAACCAGGGUCCAAAGCUCAGACCCAUACUGCCUCUCCCUGCGCUCCAGCCACCGUGGCUUGCAGCCGUGUCCUGCCACAGGGCCUUUGCACCUGCUGCUUCCCACACUGGAAAACUGUUCCUCUGGUGUCAGACUGAAUUAUGUGCCCCAAACCCCAUAGGCUCAACUCCUAAUCCCCGAGGGGGCCAUGUUUGAAGAUAGUCCUUACGGAAUUAAGGCUAAAUGAUCUCACAAGGGUUGGCCCUGACGCACCGGGACUGGGGUCCUUACAAGAAGGGGCCCCAGGAAUGCAUGCAGAGGAGAGGCCACGUGAAGACGCAGCCAAGGAAAGAGACCCCAGGAGAAACCCGCCCGCAGGCACCCUGACCUCAGACCUCCAGCCCGCGGGCAGGCGAGUCACACGUCUCUGCUGUCGAAGUCCUGGUCUGUGGGAUCCUUUACGGCAACCUGAGCCCCCACUCUUUCCGCAGGCCUGCGCGGGGGGUGCCCCGAGAAAGGAGCCCGCCCUCCUCGCCCUCCGCACGCUCCCCUUCCUCAACCUUCGAUCCAGGCUCUGUGCUCACCGUCCACCGGUCCAGACCAGGGCUCCAGGCUCCGGGACACAGGGACUCAGUCUGAUCUCUGAACUUCAGAAUUUUCCAUGUAAGAAGUGGAUUUGCUGUGUUUUUCCCAUAACCAGAGGGAAGCAUCAACAUUGGCCAGUGUGUCACAUGUCAGACGGGGAGAAGGCUGGUGGCAGCGCUGGAACAGGAGCGCGCCUGCACCCGAGCCCCCAGCAGGAAGCAGCCUCGAGGGGAACCAGCCUGUGCCAGGCUCCAGAAGCUGCCGCAAGAACCACCAGACUGGGUUCCUGUGACCGACAGAAGCUUGUCCUCCCCCAGCCCGCGGGUCUGGGGUCUGCGGGGAAGUCCCCCCGGAGGCUCCAGGGGAGCCCCCAGCCCCUUGCUCUUCCGGCGUCGGGGGCUGUUACCGCGGCCUCCCGUGGGCCCUCUCCUUGCUGCGCGGGGCCGCCCCGCCCCGGCCCGGGUGCCCUCGGGGAGCCCCCUGCCCAAUCACGGCCCCCGACGCCGUAGACAGAUCACCGUGAACUCGGCACACCUGCUCAGUGACGCGUGCACAGCCGAAAGCAGGUGUCUCCAACACCGCAAGCAAGCCUCAUGCUUUCUGGGUCCUGCGGGCUUCAGCGGAUGGUCCUGUGGCCCUGCUCCCUUUGCAGAAGAAAACCUUCGGCACAGAGAAUCUGAGUCACCGUCCCAAGGCCACACAGCUACGCGGUAGCAGAACCGAAACCACGGCCCACCUACGGUACAAGCAGGGCUCCUGUCCCCCGUCCCAGGGGAAGUGUGCGUGGGAGUGCAGGGGGCACGACCCUCCUAAGACUCGGGGCUGUGAGCACAGGGGACCCCCGGUGGGUUAGCACCACCCCAUCGAAGCCAAGAAGUGUGUGCCGGGCAGGCGGGACAGGCCUCUGGAGGGCGUGCCUCUGUCCCUGGCUGUGCCAGGUCGCCCCGGGUCCUCGGGGUCCCCUCCCCACAGCCUGCCAGGGCUGGGCGCUCGAUAGCGUCAGCGUGGCCAGUGUCGCCAGAGAGCCACCAGGAUUAACUGGCCGCGGAGCAGCCCAGAAGCACACGGGGUGAGCACAAGUCACAUCGCUCUCGUUGAUUUGUCCUCUUCCGGGUCCUGUGUGGGCUUCAGAGCAGCUGAUUUGGGGGAGCCGUUGUGUAAGACAAACAUAAGCAUUUCCAACACGAAUAAGACACGCCAGCGGCAGGAAGGGCUGAGGGUCUAGGUGGGGGCUUGUUUCCUUAGAGAAGCUGCCUUCAUUCCAGAACAGGAUGGGCGCCCAGACGGGUGGCUGCACGCCCAGGCCCAGCUCCGCCUCCGCCCGGACGACCUCCAGUGCCCUGCCGGCGCCGCCUUCGAGAGGAUGCUUUAGGGGCAUGGGGGCGUUCGCUCAGUCGGUUAAGCGUCCAGCUUUGGCUCAGGUCAUAAUCUCACAGUUUGUGAGUUCGAGCCCCGCG